AUGUUCACUCAGUCACAUCGACGUUUAUUUUAUUUUCUAAAACUUUGUUUUAUUCUUCACCUAACCGCAUCAGAAACAUUCCGAUGUGUUAAAGAUGGCUUCUAUCCGGAUAAAAAAGAUUGUUGGAUCUAUCACAUCUGCGUAGGAAAUUCACACUCAGUGAAAGCUUGUAAAGAAGAGCUUUUGUUCAAUCCCGAGAAAAAUGAGUGCGACUGGGCGAUGAAUGUUAAUUGCUCUAAGCGAUCCUAUGAAGAUAUCCUUCCGGGGACGGUGCCAACACAUGUUCGCUAUCCACCAGAUUAUCCUGUUGCAUAUCCUUCGUCAGUAGCCGGUGAUACUCCCAACCGUGGAGAAUAUCCUCCACGUUACUCAGGAACAAGUGAUUCAAUGUUCGAAUAUCUAUGUCGGUCAGUUGAUAACGAUUAUAUCGCUCAUCCAGCUGAUUGUAAACGAUAUGCUUAUUGUGCAAACGGCGUACCCCAAGUGAAAAUCUGUACGAAAAGUCUCCUUUGGUCACAAAAGCAACGAAUGUGUGUAUGGCCUGUGCAAUCCGAUUGUCCAGGAAAAAAUCUCGAUUCCAAUUUUCCAGAUCCAUCACUUGAAGUUACUCCAUGGUUGCCACGCGGCUCCACAUAUCCUCCAUACUAUGGCCCAACAGAUAAAUCACGUGUAACUCCUCUGUCACAUCUAUUUCGAGCCCAAGUUCAAUGUCCAUCGACUCAACCUACCCGUGUACCUGAUCCAUACGAUUGUUCGCUUUACCAUGAAUGUUUACAAGGUACUCCGAUGGUUACUUUUUGUCCUGCUCAACUAUUGUACAAUCGUGAAACUGAACGUUGUGAUUACCCGCAACAAGUGCAAUGUAGAAAUCGUUGUACACCGAAUAAUGAAGGUGCUCGAUUUGUUGAUUUGACAAGUUGCUGUCAUUUUUACGAAUGUAUAUCAGGUAAAUUAAUACCUCAAACAUGUACACAUCCGAAUUCAUUUGAUAUUCAAACUCGUACAUGUUUACCGUAUAAACGAGUCAAAUGUGAUGGUCGUCGAGAAUGUCUGAGUAAAUGCCAUUAUCUAUCGAAUUAUGACGUCGGGAAAAGUUUAUGUGAUUUCGUCCCAUCUUGUACUGGACAUAGUGAUGGAUACUAUUUGGAUCGAACAAAACCAAAUUGUCAAUCGUAUGUUCACUGCUUAGAUAAUCGUGUAGUAAAUCAUAGUCGCUGUGGGCAUGGAUACCGAUUCAAUAGAAAUAUUGGUCGAUGUGCACCGGCAGAUCAAGUACCUUGUCGAGCUCCAUCCUGUUUGCUUAUGUCGUCGUCUUAUUCUAUAUUUGUUUUUAUUCUUCUUGUCGCCUCGAAAACAGUCCUGUGUGAAUAA